AUGUCGUCCUCAGUCCAAUAUAACGAUGGCAAGGAGAGUCUUCUAAAGCGCGCAAUGUAUGCGUUACCACUCCUUCUCGGGACAUAUGGAGCAUCGCAAACCAUGGGCGUGCUAGUGGCACAAAUCGGACCAUCUCUCAUCAACUCUGUAAAGACCGGCCAGGUAACACUUGGAAACGGCGAGAUUGUUCCUUUAGUUAGGAAGUUCUUUGGUAUUGGCGGACUCGACAAAAUUCUUUCGAUUCUUGUCACGUUCUUCACUCCAACACUUGGAUCCUACGAUGCUUUGGGGAAAUUACAAACGACUGCUUUUCUGGGAGAUCUCGUACCGUUACAAGCUCUCUGGUAUGUUGAGAGUGUACGCCGAGGGAAUUAUAUGACGGCUGCGUAUUUGUUACCAACCGUUCUAGGAGUCGCAUACCAGGCCAAAGGUCUUGGAUACAUCGCUCCAAUAUGGUUCUUCCUCCAUUAUGUGCAAUCACCAGUGGGAAAUUAUCAUGCCGCGGAUCAGCGACUUACACAAGUGAAUGCAGUCAAGGCAAUUAUCCCAACCAUUGUACUGUCGUUCCUUGCGCCAUCUGUAGCCAUGCUGAACGCUCCCGGUCUCGCCAACCGACAAUGGAUUAAUGGGCUGUUCUGGCAACUAUUCCCUCUCUCUGGUGCCAUUUGUCAACGUCUUCUUAGUCUUCUCAUCAAAGAUACUACGGAAACCGACCGACUCUCUAACCCAGAAGCGGAUAUGAAGCAUCUCCGUCGGGUUUACUGGGCAGCUGGCAUUUUUGCUAUGGCCACCAACCUGUACGUUCGCAUUACUUCUCCAUUCCCACUCAAGGAUGUGUUCUUCAAAGAUAUCGCGAGCCCGUCGGCACCAGCCACUUUGAUCAGUGGAGCAGCACGAUUCUUAAGAUAUGAUCAGCUCAUGACUUUCGGGCCCGCUCUUGUGUGGGCAAUGAUGCACUUUUAUGACUUGAAGAAGUCUCAGAAGACAAAGACUGGAUGGGCGACUUUCGUUGGGGCUUUAGCUGGUACAACUAUCGUAGGAGGGCCUGGAGCUGCCAUGAUUGGAUUUUGGGCGUGGAGAGAAGAGGCCCUGGCUGCUACCGCGAGCCGAAAGAAGGUUGUGAAGAAGAAUUAA